AUGAGCGGCAGGAGCAGCAUCGUCGGCGUCCGCUGCAUCGCGACUUCUUCUUCCUCGUUCGGCGCGAAAAGAAGAAGACGAGGACAACGAAAAAGCACCGGCUGUGUGUGCGGGUUUUUGCGAAACGGAACAACAACAACAACACCUUUAACAGAAAGAAGAAGAUUUAGGAGAAAAGCGGUUGGAGAUGUGAUGAUGAUGAGAAGCGCUGCUGCCGAAGACGAGAAAGAAAAAACAGCGCUGGUUCCAAUCGCGAACGGGUCGGAGGAAAUGGAAGCGACGAUCAUUAUUGACGUUUUAAGAAGAGCGGGAGUGCACGUGACCGUGGCAUCGUGCGAGGAUGAUUUGGUGUGCGAAAUGUCCAGAAAAGUUUGCAUUAGAGCGGAUUGUUUGAUACAAGAGGUGGUUGUUGACGACGGGGAAAAGAACAACAGUAGGAGUAGUUUCGACGCGAUCGUGGUCCCAGGCGGGAUGCCAGGCGCGGAACGGUUAGCGGAGAACGCUUCGUUAGACGCGCUUUUGAAGAGACAGAAAGAAGAGAAGAAACUGAUCGCGGCGAUGUGCGCGGCGCCGGCGGUGGUGUUGCUCGGGAAAAAUUUACUCGAAGAGGCGAGCGAGGCGACGGCGCAUCCGGCGUUUGAUUUAGGCGAAGCGUUUGCGAAGGAUAAGAAGAAGAGGGUGUGUUAUUCAAAAGCAUCGAACGGUCAGGUGGUGAUUACCUCUCAAGGACCGGGGACGGCGAUUGAGUUUGCGCUGGCGUUGGUGAAGGAGUUGUGCGGCGAAGAGAAACGAAAAGAAGUCGCCGGGCCGAUGUGCGUCCCCGAGGACGUUUUGAUGGGGUAA